AUGUUUGGAAAGCUGAAGAAGAAAAAGAAUAAAGCAGAGAAGGGGCUAAUCCUAACCAACAAGGCUGCCCAAGAUGAUCAAGGUGAAGCAGAAGCACCACAGGCAGGCCCUUCUCACCAGGAAGGUCUGGGAGGAGGUUUGAUUUCUGAUGAUGCGUCUGUCACUCCUGUCCCCUCAGCUCCUCCAAAGAGAAGAUCAAAACUGUUGACUAAGAUUCAUGAUGGGGAGGUGAGAUCCCAAAGUUAUCAAAUCGCAAUAACUAUCAUCGAGGCCCGCCAGCUGGUGGGCGAGAACAUCAGCCCUGUUGUGACCAUCGAGGUCGGCGACGAGAAGAAGCAGAGCACAGUGAAGGAGGGAACCAACAGCCCGUUUUACAAUGAAUACUUUGUCUUCGACUUCAUUGGGCCUCAAGUGCAUCUUUUCGACAAGAUCAUCAAAAUCUCAGUCUUUCACCACAAGCUGAUAGGAAGCAUACUGAUUGGCGCUUUCAAAGUGGACCUGGGCACCGUGUACAACCAACCUGGUCAUCAGUUCUGUGACAAGUGGGCCCUGCUCACAGACCCUGGUGACAUCAGGACUGGCACGAAGGGAUACCUGAAGUGUGACAUCAAUGUGAUUGGGAAAGGCGACGUCCUGAAGACCAACCCUAAAACCUCCGAUGCUGAGGAGCAAAUAGAAAAGAAUCUUUUGAUCCCUCAAGGGUUUCCAUCAGAGAGACCCUGGGCCAGAUUCUAUGUGAGACUCUACAAAGCAGAAGGGUUGCCCAAAAUGAACUCCAGCAUCAUGGCAAAUGUCACCAAAGCAUUUGUGGGUGACAGUAAGGACCUUGUGGAUCCCUUCGUGGAGGUCUCCUUUGCUGGGCAGACGGGGCAAACCACAGUGCAAAAGAACUGUGCCGAUCCUGUGUGGCACGAACAGGUGAUCUUCAAGGAAAUGUUCCCUCCCUUGUGUCGGAGGGUGAAAAUCCAGGUUUGGGAUGAAGGCAGUGUGAAUGAUGUAGCACUGGCAACCCAUUUCAUCGACCUGAAGAAAAUCUCCAACGAACAGGAUGGAGAUAAAGGCUUCCUACCUACCUUCGGACCUGCCUGGAUUAACCUGUACGGCUCGCCCAGGAACCACAGUCUGAUGGACGACUACCAGGAGAUGAAUGAAGGCUUUGGAGAAGGCGUGUCAUUCAGAGGCAGAAUUUUGGUAGAAAUUGCUGUGGAAAUCCUCUCGGGAGGGGCACAGGAGUCUAAAUUUUCCAAGGCUCUCAAGGACCUCAAGUUGUCUUCAAAGGACAAAGACUCCAAAUCUUCCAAAGGCUCAAGUAAAGACAAGGGUGACAAAACUGACAGUGGAAAGGCCCAGCAGGCUUCAGACAAAAACAACUCAACUGAGGUCGAGGUGGAGCCUUUUGAUGUACCCCCAGAGAUUGUACCAGAAAAAUAUGAGGAAUUUUUACUCUUUGGAGCAUUUUUUGAAGCUACCAUGAUUGACCGGAGGAUUGGAGAUAAACCCAUUAGCUUUGAAGUUUCUAUUGGUAAUUUUGGGAACUUGAUUGAUGGAGGGUCCCAUCACGGGAGUAAGAAGAAGUCAGCUGAAUCAGCUGAAGACGCCCUUCCACUGCUGCAAGGAGGGGAAAAGGACACUGCCCAGGAGGCUGCCAUCCCUAUGGUCUCCACCACUCACCCGGAGAAGCCACUCGUGACAGAGGGGAACAGAAAUUACAACUACUUGCCGUUUGAGGCCAAGAAGCCUUGUGUCUACUUCAUCAGCUCCUGGGGAGACCAGACUUUCAGGCUGUACUGGUCCAACAUGCUGGAGAAAAUGGCAGACCUGCUGGAAGAAAGUAUAGAAGAAGUGAAAGAAUUGAUCAAGAUUUCAGAGGAGGCACCAGAGGAGAAAAUGAAGACGGUGCUCAAUGACUUCAUCAGUCAAAGCAGUGCCUUUAUCUCUGAAGCAGAAAAAAAGCCCAAGAUGUUGAACCAAACCACUUUAGAUAAGAAACGACUUACUCUCUGUUGGCAGGAACUGGAUGCGAUGGCAAAGAAGGCCAAGGGGAUCAUUCAGCAGCAGAAGAAAAAGUUAUCACUCGAUGAAAUGAUUCAUGAAGCUCAAAAUUUUGUGGAAAAAAUCCGCUUUCUUGUGGAUGAGCCACAGCACACCAUCCCUGAUGUCUUCCUCUGGAUGCUCAGCAACAACAAGAGAGUGGCAUACGCCCGCAUCGCCUCCAAAGACCUGCUCUACUCCCCCGUCAAGGAGCAGAUGGGGAAAUACUGUGGAACCAUCAAAACUCAUUUCCUCAAACUUCCUGGAAAACGUCCAGCUGGCUGGUCAGUGCAAGCGAAAGUGGACGUGUACCUGUGGCUGGGCCCUGCCAGACACUCUAGUGCCAUGUUGGACAACUUGCCAGCCGGCUAUGAAGCAGAAAUGCCCCCCAAAGUGGCUGUCCCCACUCAACCUCCAGCCAACCUGAUCUACAAAGACCGGCAUAUCUUUCAGCUGAGAGCGCACAUGUACCAAGCCCGGGGCCUCAUCGCAGCCGACAGCAGUGGCCUUUCAGACCCCUUUGCCAAGGUCACGUUCCUUUCCCACUGCCAGACCACAAAGGUCAUUUCCCAAACCCUCUCCCCAACCUGGAACCAGAUGCUGCUGUUCAAUGACCUGGUGCUGCAUGGAGACCACAAGGAGCUGGCAGAGUCCCCGCCUUUGGUGGUGGUGGAGCUCUAUGACAGUGACGCGGUGGGAAAGCCAGAAUAUUUGGGUGCCACGGUGGCUGCUCCUGUUGUGAAGCUGGCUGACCAGGACUAUGAGGCACCCAGGCUGUGCUAUCACCCCAUCUUCUGUGGGAACCUCUCUGGAGGGGACCUCCUUGCCGUGUUCGAGCUGUUCCAGGUCCCUGCAUCUGGGCUGCAAGGGCUGCCUCCCAUUGACCCACCAGAUGUCACCCAGGUCUACCCGGUGCCCGCCAGCAUUCGGCCAGUGCUGAGUAAAUACCGAGUGGAGGUUCUCUUCUGGGGAGUCCGAGAAAUGAAGAAGGUUCAACUGCUCUCGGUGGAUCGUCCUCAGGUUCUCAUCGAGUGCGGGGGCCGGGGAGUCAAGUCCUGCGUGAUCCAGAGCUACAAGAACAACCCGAACUUCAGCGUCCAGGCGGAUGCUUUCGAAGUGGAGCUGCCUGAGAAUGAGCUGCUGCACCCACCCCUGAGCAUCUCUGUGGUGGACUGGAGAGCUUUUGGGAGGAGCACCCUGGUGGGCACCUAUACCAUCAACUGCUUGAAGCAGUUCUUGUGUAAAUCCAGGGAGCCCCUUGCCCUUACCUCACAGGUCGAUGGAACCCAACCUGGGCAAGGUAUUUCAGAUUCUCUAAUAGCCACUGAGCCCUCUGGGCCCCUCACCUCCUCUCAGGACCCCCCAACAGAUCACAUCUAUGUGGACAUUGAGCCACCUGCCACAGUGGUACCCGACUCUGCCCAGGUUCAGCAGGUCAGCAGGGUUGACAUCCCCGACUCAUCCCCUGUGCUGGCAUCUGAACACACACCUGCAGCCCAGGAGCAACCACAGGAUGGAAAAGCUAAGGAUGCCAGGAAGCCUUCCCGGAGGUCUACCAAAAGGAGAAAGAGGACCAUAGCGGAUGAAUCUGCUGAAAACGUCAUUGACUGGUGGUCCAAAUACUAUGCCUCCCUGAAGGAAGCACAGAAGGAAAAGGAGAGAAAUCUCAAAGAGAAAAAAGGCAAUACAGAGGCAAAACCAGAUGAGGUGGUGGUGAAUAUAGAAGAUGGCCCAAAGAAGAAGAAAGACAAAAUGCUCAAGAAGAAACCCAAAGAAGAUGAAAUCCCCAAUCUGGCUGUCUUGAAGAUAUAUGACGGUGACCUUGAGAGUGAGUUCAACAGUUUUGAAGACUGGGUGAAAACCUUUGAGCUCUGUAGAGGCAAGUCUACCGAGGAUGACCAUGGCCUCGAUGGAGACCGAGUCAUAGGAAAGUUUAAGGGCUCUUUCUGCAUUUACAAAAGCCCCGAGGAUCCCAGCACUGAGGACAGCGGGCAGCUGAGAAUCCAGCAAGGGAUUCCACCCAACCACCCCAUCAAAGUCCUGAUCAGGGUGUACAUCGUGGCGGCAUUUAAUCUUAGCCCAGCCGAUCCAGAUGGCAAAUCCGACCCCUACAUUGUGCUCAAGCUUGGCAAAACGGAAAUCAAGGACCGAGACAAAUACAUCCCCAAACAGCUGAACCCAGUGUUUGGAAGGUCAUUUGAGAUCCAGGCCACCUUCCCAAAGGAAUCUCUGCUCUCUGUCUUGAUCUACGACCAUGACAUGAUCGGGACAGAUGACCUCAUCGGCGAGACCAGGAUCGACCUGGAGAACCGCUUCUACAGCAAACACCGCGCCUCCUGCGGCUUGCAGAGCCGCUAUGAGAUAGAAGGGUACAACUCCUGGAGAGACACGUCCAAACCCACCGAGAUCCUCACCAAGCUCUGCAAGGACAACAAGCUGGAUGGACCCUACUUUCAUCCUGGGAAGAUACAGAUAGGAAACCAGGUCUUUUCUGGAAAAACAGUCUUCACUGAAGAGGACUCUGAUGAAACAGUGGAGUCUUACGAGCACUUGGCCCUCAAGGUUUUACACUCUUGGGAUGAUAUCCCGGAGGUUGGAUGCAGGCUGGUUCCUGAACACAUAGAAACCCGGCCACUGUACCACAAGGAUAAGCCAGGAAUGGAGCAGGGCCGCCUGCAGAUGUGGGUGGACAUGUUUCCCAAAGAUAUGCCUCAGCCUGGACCCCCUGUUGACAUUUCACCAAGGCAACCCAAAGGGUAUGAAUUGAGAGUAACCAUCUGGAACACUGAAGAUGUCAUUUUAGAGGAUGAGAAUAUCUUCACAGGACAAAAGUCAAGUGAUAUUUAUGUUAAAGGGUGGAUAAAGGGCCUGGAAGAUGACAAGCAGGAGACAGACGUGCAUUACAACUCCCUCACUGGUGAGGGGAACUUCAACUGGCGCUUCCUGUUUCCGUUCCAGUAUCUCCCAGCUGAGAAGCAAAUGGUCAUCACCAAGAGGGAGAACAUCUUUUCCUUAGAGAAGAUGGAGUGUAAGACGCCAGCUGUGUUGGUGCUCCAGGUUUGGGAUUUUGAAAGGCUGUCCUCGGAUGACUUUCUGGGCUCCCUGGAAAUGAACCUCAAUAGUUUCCCCCGGGCAGCCAAGUCUGCCAAAGCCUGUGAUCUCACCAAGUUUGAAAAUGCAAGUGAGGAGAGCAAAAUCUCUAUAUUCCAGCAAAAGCGUGUGCGGGGCUGGUGGCCUUUUGCUAAAAGCAAAGAACUCACAGGAAAGGUUGAAGCUGAAUUCCACCUGGUCACUGCAGAAGAAGCUGAGAAGAAUCCUGUCGGAAAGGCACGCAAGGAGCCAGAGCCCCUGGCCAAGCCCAACCGCCCGGACACCUCCUUCUCCUGGGUCGUGAGCCCCUUCAAGUGCCUGUACCACCUCAUCUGGAAGAAUUACAAGAAGUACAUCAUCAUCGCUUUCAUCCUGAUCGUCCUCACCAUCUUUCUGGUCCUCUUCAUCUACACCUUGCCGGGAGCCAUCAGCCGAAAGAUUGUUGUGGGCUCAUAGAGGGUCACGGGGGACCCGGGCCCCCGUUCCUACUGCCCCUCUCUUCGUCUCACCUGCAAAGAUAGAAGAACA